AUGUUGGAUGCACAAGUACAGAGUCGUAUCCUCGUGGGAAGCCAUCGUCAGUCUUGGUUUAGCCCACUGGUGAAUGGCUUACAUCACACCAAAGCACGGGACUAUCACGAUCGCGCAUUACAACUCUGCCGCAUGGCAGACAUGAAAGAGCUCUUGGAUGACGCUCCUGCUAUUCUUGUAACACAAAUUCUUCUGGCAUACUACCAUCACGCGUCGACCAACCACCAACGCUUUCGGUCGGCGGUGUGGGAUACUGUUGAAUUUGUCUCUCGGAAUAGGGAGUACAUCAUGCGGUCCCGGGGGGGUAUGGAGGCCCUGCAAAUGUGGCAUCGCUUAUGUGUUUCUCAUCGUCUAUCUAAGCCACCAUCACUGCUUCUGGAGGGAGAGGGCAGAAGUUCGUUCAGUCCAAGUUUUUUUCCAGACGCCACGGACCAAUUAUAUCUUGGCACCGUUUUGGGGAUGAGCAUGGAUGACCUGAUCUACGACAUCCUUAUCAAAUCUAUGGAGAUCCGCUCGCGACUAGUAGUGUUCCGCUGCGUUGCCCACCAUUACCGGAUUCCCGAGUCAUCAAGAGAGGUGGGUGGUCUCGCUCACAGUCUCCUGACCCAGAUGUUAGGCAGACCCUUCGUCCACGAAGAGCUUUCCGAGGCCCAGAAAGGCUUUGUGCGUGGCUCGCACCUACUGGGGCUAUUGCAGGUGCAAAAGGAACGGUUAUCUGUGUGGAAAUCUCUCCGGCACACGGAACGAUCGCCUGUCAGUCGCCAGGCAGACAAUCAUCGUGAUAUGGUGUCUCCAGGAGAGUGGAGCCUUGCAACUCAUCGAGAUGCGAUGAACACCCUGUAUCAGAUACUUUGCGAGAUGAUCUUUGGGGAAGCCUACGCGGUGUAUGCAUUUGACUUCGCGUCGGAGCAGCACUCUGCCGCGACUGCGCUUUCUCGUCUGGCAGAGAACUUCUGCCACAUUGUGAGCACCUUGGAUUUUGCUGCAGUAGGUACGGCCGAUGUGUACACCUUUAGUCUGGCCGAAAGUCUCCUUCAAUUGGUCGUUCUCUGGCGGUCCGAUAGUUUGUUUCACUUCAUUCUGGACGUGGCGUGGCCGAACAUGGAGGGGAAGACUAGAGGAUUCGAGCACUCGCACUAUCCCACUCACCUCGCGAAGCGGAUCAUCUCCCUGGUGGCGGAUUAUUGGUCCCGGGGCAAGACUGUGACCCUCGUGUUGCCCGCCGUUCCAGAGGAUAUCCCGAAAGUGAGACUCCUCGACCUCAACCAUCCAAUGGAAAUGGUGAUAUGCGGAAAUGAUCCGGACGACACGGUGUGGAUGAAUAAGAUUCUUCUCCCUUGA